UCGGGCCCAGCCCUGACUGGAGCUGGUGGCCACGGCAGGCACUACCUGGGGGACCGGCUCCUGACACAAGGGCCAUCUUGGCUGGAAGGAGGCAUCGUGGAGCAGAUCGGGCUGUGCUUCCCCAGCCGCUUUCCCCAAGAUAUGCUGAGCAACUUGGCUGAGUCGGAGGAGCUCCAGCGGCAGUUCUGCCUCUUCCAGCUGCAGGAGCAGGACAAGCGGCUGCUGGAGCUGGACACGGGCCCGGAUGAGGUGCUGGGACCAGCCGCAGUGGCAGACGUGCCAGAGGUGAAGGUGCUGGCCCUGUCCCCGCGCUGCUGGCCCGUUUCCCCGCUCUGUUACAUGGAGAACCCUGGGAGGUUUUUCCCGGCGGUGCUGAGCUCCCCACUGGAUGAGUUUGCUGACUUCUGCCGGCAGAGCCAGAGCCAGCUGGGCUGGGAGUGCACGAAGCCCCGUCGGCUGCAGUGGACGUGGCUGGGCCACGCCGAGCUGCAGUAUGGAGACUGCGUCCUGCACGUGUCCACGCUGCAGAUGUACAUCCUGCUGUGCUUCAACAGCGCCCAGGAGGUGGCUGUGGAGGCCCUGCUGCAGGCUACGGGGCUCCCUGCUGACCUGGUGCACCACGCACUGACCCCGCUGACCCACGGCCAGGGCGUCCUGGUGGGGAGCUGCACUCCAGGGG